UUGAUCUGAAUUUGAUCAGAGAGAGAAACAACCGAUUUGAUAUUUGAUUUGAUUGGUUUCAGCUGGUUUUAGAAGGGUUUCAGAGUUGGCAGUUGUUGGUUUGUUAUUUUGGUUUUGAUUUUUGAUAUAGUAAUAGCACGGGUAAUAGUAAUUUGCCGGAAUUUGCUCAAAGGGAUUGCCUCUUAGGAUUGCCUAGUUCAUAGAUAAUAGAUACCCUCGGUAUUUUUUUGAAUUUCAGCGAUAUUUAGUGAUAUACAAAAAUUGUUUUUUGUAUCAUUGUAUAAAUAGAUGGAUGUAUCAGCCAUCAGCCAUUAACUGCAGUAAUAUCUCUUUGCGUGGAGACUGUGAAGAAGAAAUGGAUGGUAUUAAUGAUAAACAGGAAGAAAAAUGCAAGCCAUACAAAUGCACGGAACCAAACUGUAAUGCAGCUUUUAUGAGACCAAGUAGAUUACACAAUCAUCAACUUACUCAUUUGGCUAUACGACCCUAUGCAUGUGAUUAUCCUAAUUGCAACAAGAGCUACACGAGUCAGUCACAUUUAAAAAGACAUGAAAUUAUAAGUCACUUAAGCCCACAGCCACCACCCAUAACAGAAGUUGCUUGUACUGUAGAGGGCUGUCGAAAAUAUCUUGCUAAUAAAGAUUCAUUAAAGAAGCAUAUUAGAGUAGUUCAUAGUGAUAAGAGGCUCCAGUUUGUAUGUACAGAUUGUCCCAAAAGAUUUAAAACAAUAACCCAGUUACAUUUUCAUAUGAUAGGACAUGGAAAGGAUGUCCCAUAUAAGUGUGACAAAUGUGAUAUUAGAUUUAUUGAGUAUCAUUUAUUUCUCAGGCAUAAAAGAAAUCAUAAAGUUUAUGUGUGCGAUUGUGAGAAAUCCUUUGAUCGCUUUGCCCUUUAUCGUAAGCACAAGACAUUAGACUGUGAGCUAAAAUCAAAUGUCGAACAUAAAUGUACUGUUUGUGAUAAAAGAUUCAUUCAGAAGCAGCAUUUAACUCAACACACUUUAAUGGUUCAUGCGGAUGAUUCUGAAAUUGAAACUUUUAAAUGUUCAUACUUGAAUUGUAAUAAAGAAUACAAAUAUAAAAAGAACCUUAUGGUUCAUACUAAAACUUUUCAUGAGAAAAUUUUUAAUAGGGUACAGUGUCAAGAGUGUGGAAAAGUGCUUAAAUCCAAUAAAAAUUUAAAACAGCAUUUGAGAAUAUGUGGUUUGCCACCUAAAGAGAAGAGGCUACAUAAACCGAGAAAAGAUAAAGGUAUACCAAGGAAAAGCAUAGCGUCCGAGUUGAGUGGUCUUAAUGUUAUUGAUAAACAUUUAUUAAAUAUUGAGAAUUGCAUGGAAAAUGAAUUGCUAGAAACACAGCAAGAUAUUGAAUCUACUGAGGAAUCUACUACUGAAGAAAAUUCAAUUGAAAAUUGAUGUAACUUUUUUUUAAUAUUAUUUACAAUAUUAAGUGUAAUAUUAUAAUUCUAUAUUUAGUAAGAGUAAGGGUAAUUCGUUUGUACAUUAUAUAAUUUUUUAAAUGUGUUAUAAUAUUAAAUAAAAUUUUCUUCUUUUUUUUUCUUU